AUGCUCGAGGGCCAUAGCGAUUAUGUCAACGCAGUGGCCUUCUCGCACGACUCAACGCGACUGGCGUCGGCGUCCGACGAUAGGACUGUCAAGAUCUGGGAUGCGAGCAGCAGUGCGUGUCUACAGACGCUUAAGGGCCAUAGCGGUUCUGUUAGCUCAGUAGCCUUCUCGCACAACUUAAUGCGGCUAGCGUCCGCGUCCUAUGACAGGACCGUUAAGAUCUGGGAUGCGAGCAGCGGUGCGUGUCUGCAGACGCUUGAGGGCCAUACUAGUAGGGUUAAUUCAGUAGCCUUCUCGCAUGACUCGACGCGACUGGCGUCGGCGUCCUAUGACAGGACUGUUAAGAUCUGGGAUACGAGCAGUAGCGCGUGUCUACAGACGCUUAAGGGCCAUAGCGGUUCUGUUAGCUCAGUAGCCUUCUCGCACGACUCAACGCGGCUAGCGUCCGCGUCCUAUGACAGGACCGUCAAGAUCUGGGAUGCGAGCAGCGGUGCGUGUCUACAGACGCUCGAGGGCUAUCAUAGUGGUUAUGUCAGCUCGGUGGCCUUCUCGCACGACUCAACGCGGCUAGCGUCCGCGUCUUAUGACAGGACCGUCAAGAUCUGGGAUGCGAGCAGCAGCGCGUGUCUGCAGACGCUCGAGGGCCAUAGCGAUUAUGUCAACGCAGUGGCCUUCUCGCACGACUCGACGCGACUGGCGUCCGCGUCCAGCGACAACACCGUCAAGAUCUGGGAUGCGAGCAGCAGCGCGUGUCUGCAGACGCUCGAGGGCCAUAGCGAUUAUGUCAACGCAGUGGCCUUCUCGCACGACUCAACGCGACUGGCGUCGGCGUCCGACGAUAGGACUGUCAAGAUCUGGGAUGCGAGUAGCAGCGCGUGUCUACAGAUGCUCGAGGGCCAUAGUGAUUACAUUAAUGCAGUAGCCUUCUCACACGACUCAACGCGACUGGCGUCGGCGUCCUAUGACAGCACUGUUAAGAUCUGGGAUGCGAGUAGCGGUGCGUGUCUACAGACGCUUAAGGGCCAUAGCGGUUCUGUUAGCUCAAUAGCCUUCUCGCACGACUCGACGCGACUGGCGUCGGCGUCCUAUGACAGGACUGUUAAGAUCUGGGAUACGAGCAGCAGUGUGUGUCUGCAGACGCUUGAGGGCCAUACUAGUAGGGUUAAUUCAGUAGCCUUCUCGUAUGACUCGACGCGACUAGCGUCAGCGUCUAGCGACAACACCGUUAAGAUCUGGGAUGCGAGCAGCGGUGCGUGUCUACAGACGCUUAAGGGCCAUAGCGGUUCUGUUAGCUCAGUAGCCUUCUCGCACGACUCAACGCGGCUAGCGUCCGCGUCCUAUGACAGGACCGUCAAGAUCUGGGAUGCGAGUAGCGGCGCGUGUCUACAG